AUGACUUCAGGAAGGAAAACGUCAUGCAUGCUCGUAUUAUACAUGCUUGUUAGUCAAGCACAGCCUCAGCUGCUGGACCUGGACGUCCCGCAGAAGACCUUGGAGUUCCAGCACCUGCAGUCGCCGAACCCGAACUCAUUCGCCGUCCUGCAGGGUUCGGUCGCCGUCGACCUGAAGGCGUUCACGCUCUGUUACAGGAUCAAGCCCUACUUCUUCAGGCCCGAAGUCAUUGUCAUCUCGUACGUCAUGAACAAAAAUGACAUCUUUAGAACUGACCACAACCGGCGCGGGCUGCAGCUGAUGCUUCCCCUGCAGCGCGUCCGCCAGGCCACGGCCGCCGUCACGCCGCUCAUGUACUGGUCGGGCUGGUGCUACGCCAUGGACUCCGCCAGGGGCGAGUGGAAGGUGUUCGGGGCGGUCCUGAAUUCAGUUUCUUAG